AUGUUAAUAAUUUUAAUAUUUAUUAUUAGUAGAAUGAUUUUUUUUAGCUUAAAAGUUAAAAGAUGAUGAUUAGCCCAGAAUUUUUUUUUUUUUUUUUUUUUUUUUAUAUAUUUUAAGAUUCCAAUAUUCAAUUAUUUUUUAAAUGUUAGAUAUUUAUUUGGUAUAGAUAUAUUUUCUUAUUUGAUAUUUAUAUUAGGUUUAUGAAUUAUUAGAUUGGUUUAUAUUUCUAGUUUUAAUUUAAAAAGUAAUUAUUUAAAUUAUUUUAAUAUGAUUAUAUUUAUUUUUAUUAUUAUUUUUUAUUUUUGUUUUUUUAGUAAUAGAUUUAUUUUAUUUUAUAUUUUUUAUGAAAUUAAUUUAAUUCCUGUAAUUAUUUUAAUUUAUGGUUGAGGUUAUCAAUAUGAACGUUUUAAAGCUGGAUUUUAUUUAUUUAUUUAUAUAAUUUUUUUUUCUUUACCUUUUUUCUUUUGUUUAUUAAGUUUAAAUAAUUUUAAUUUUAUAUUUAUAUAUUAUUUUGAUUAUUUAAAUAAUUUAAAUUUUUAUUAUUAUUUAUUUUUAAUAAUAAUUUUUUUAGUAAAAAUACCUUUAUUUAUAUUUCAUAUUUGAUUACCUAAAGCUCAUGUUGAAGCUCCUAUUAGUGGUUCAAUAAUUUUAGCUGGAAUUAUAUUAAAAUUAGGUGGUUUUGGUAUAUAUCAUUUUUUGAUAUUAGUUUUUAAGAUUAAUAUUAAAAUUAAUUAUUUUUUUAUUUCUUUAUGUUUAUUAGGUAUAUUUAUAUUAAGAUUAGUUUGUUUUUUUCAAAGAGAUUUAAAAAUUUUAAUUGCUUAUUCUUCUGUUGUUCAUAUAGGGUUAGUUAUUAUUGGUUUUUUAACUUUAAAUAAUUGAGGUUAUUUUGGUUCAUUAAUUUUAAUGUUUGGUCAUGGUUUAUGUUCUUCUGGUUUAUUUUGUUUAAGAAAUAUUUGUUAUUUACGUUUUAAAAGUCGAAGAAUGUUUUUAAAUAAGGGUUUAAUUAAUAUUUAUUCUUUUUUAUCAUUUUGAUGAUUUUUAUUAUGUUCUUCUAAUAUAUCUUUUCCUCCUUCUUUAAAUUUAUUUGGUGAAUUAUUUUUAUUAAUUAGUUUAAUAAUUUGACUUGAUUAUUUGUAUUUAUUUUAUUUAUUAAUUAUGAUUUUAAUAUUUUUAUAUAGUCUUUAUUUAUAUUUAUAUACUCAAUAUGGUAAAUUAUUUUUUAAUAUAAAUUAUUUAGUUUAUAUUAAUUUAAGAGAAUAUUUAUUAUUAUUUUUACAUUGAUUACCUUUAAAUAUAAUUUUUAUAAUUAUAGAAUUGUUUUGUU